ACAGGUGAAGUUGUUGGUUAUUUGAAGAGUGAAAGAGCAGCUCUACACAGGAAAAUAGCAGGAGCUACUUGGAGCCUGAAAGACAAAGCCCACAGCUCUACGUUUCAUUGGCACUUUGCACUGCAUACGAGAGAGAAUCCAACAAUGCGCGACCUGGAGAAUACUUUGGACAAACCGGUACAGAUUAAUGAGAAAGAUGCUCUGGAAGCUACAAUACAAGAUUGGCCUCAAGUACUGAGUCACAAAGAUCCAAAUGAUGAAUUGGAAGAUUCAGACUUUGAAGAUCAAGUCGAUGAAGAGCAUUUUGACGUGACAAAGAGAGAUGAAGAGUCCAAGAGUGGUUUAAGCUGGAGUGAUGAAGCAUUCAUUGAGGAUUACUAUCCCAGUUGUUCUCAUGUUUGCACUGAGCCUGCAGUGCUGCAGUGUGGCCACAGCUUCUGUAACAGCUGUGUGCAAGAAUGUGAGAAGUGGAAAAAGUCUUUUAAAUGUUCACUCUGUAACAAAGUCAACAACAACCCAGAGCCUCCAGUUAAUGUUGCCAUGAUGAGUUUGAGUGAAAGCGACAGAGUUGAUCCAUCAGGAGGACAAAGAAAUGUGCAGCCCCUGAAGUUGUCGACUCCUUCAUCUCCAGAGCUUCCACUGUCUGAAGAUCUGACUGAGGAGACUUCAGUGUUUGGCAAACAUAAAGAAAAUGUUCCCCGUGUGCUCAUCAUUAAAUGUGUUGAAAUGUUAGUUGUAACGACUGUUGUCACAUUUGGUGAAGCUGAUGAAGACUAAAACCUUUUCAAGUUCAGUUAACUACAAUAUGAUAACCUUGAUGAGAUAUGAGGGUUAAAUGAGCCUGUGCUCCUUCAUGACCCUCUCAAACAUUCCUCCUCCUUAUUUUUUUGUAUUUGUAACUCCUCAUAUGGUUAUGGUUUCACUGUUCACUUCUUUUGGCAGUAUCGUGUGUUUUGUAAGCCGUAAAAGUGGCAAAGAACAAUUUGGACUUUGCUUCCAUCUUGUGUUCAACAAUCACAGCUACAGUGUGCAGGUCUAAGAGUGUGAAACCAAACUGUGAACAAAUAUGUUUUUUAGCGUCUCUUCAGUGACUGAUGUCACACUAAUGCUUUUAUAUGUAAUAUUUUAUUUUGGUUGAAUCAAUUUCUGUCUUUUGAUGAUGAUAUGAUUAUUUUUAUGUUUUUGUCUGAAGUUGCAUUAAAUAAAAUGUAAAAGCAAAAAUUAAGACUGAAUAUUUUUAAGAAAGCAGAACCAUUCUGAUCUAAACCCAGACGUUCACUCAGAAGCUUUACUCUUAUUUCACUUUUUUGAGAUAAAUGAUGCUGAUGAUGACUAAUAAUAUUAUGGUGAUCCUGUAGACUAGGAAAAUGAUGUUAGUCAGGUCUAAUACAAAUCUAUGAAUCACAGGUUUCAGUAAAAGUGAUAUAAUUUGAUGCUACUGUGAUAACAGAAUAUCACACUAGCUGUUCAUGCUGUUGGUAAACUGAUAUACGUAAUUACACUAAAAAAUGUUUUCUUAUCCAAAUGAAUAGACAAAUAUUGACAAAGUGUGUUUAUAUACAGAAAAAAGUAUUUACAUCAAUGUAUGAUUAAAGAACAACGUCAGCUAUAUCCUGUCUAAGAAAUGAGGCUACUACUACACACAUCUGCCAGACACCACCCACCUGCAUAAAGUGUAUAAGUUUCAGUAUGGCUGCAUAUUUAUAUGCAUUAUGAUGAUUUUGUAGGCUGGGCUAAUUCACAUGGCAAAAAUGAGUGUAUUCCCUAUUCUCUAAAUGAUGUUUUAUUAUUGCGUUAUUGUUGUGAAAUGAAAGCAAUGCAAUGCUUUUAUAAGGUACUGUAGGUGUACAAACCCCACAAACGGGUAAUGGGUUUAUAGGUGGUUGCUAGACAACGUGAUGACAUCAUAUCUACUCUAGAUAAGAACCUCCAGUGGAGUAAGAUGUGACGUGUAUGAGGAAUUUGAGGGCAAAUAAAGAGACUACCCCUGUUUAUGGCUGAGUUGUUACAUUUUUGUGUUUUGUUUUCAUAUUUCUGUUGUUACGGCCCUAGCAGGGCCACCUCCUGAAGUUGUCUGUGUGGGCGUGUCCGACCAGCUCUCCUGCCUUAGCUGCCACCUUUUUUCUUUUGUGCAGCUGACUCUCGUCAGUAAUUAAAAGUAUUUAAGCCCAGGGAAAGGUGAGCUCUGGGCCAGUGUGCCAUUAGUGUGGUUGCAGCUAGUGAGCUGUGUGUUUGUGGUUGCAACUAGCAAGCUGUGGGUUUGGUGUAUUUGCAGUUAGUGAGCUGCUCUCUUUUUUUGACUUACUUUUGACUUUAUUGACCAAUGCUUGAGUUUUGUUUGUUUUCCUUAAAUGGUGAUAGCGGCUUGUCCGUCUCUUUUAGUUGAGCUACCUUAAUAAAAUUAUUUAAUUUAACCGCUUUGCUUCCUUGACUCCUUUUUCUGACCCGGACACUUUUUGUUACUUCCCCCUCGCCGCCUAGACCGUGACACUGUUUUUAGUCAACUUUGGUUUCUUAGUUUCCAGAGUGGGUUUGCUGUCUUCACUGUUUUCGUGCUUAGAAAUGGUUGGUUUCACUUUAAUCUCCUAGGACCUGGCAUCCACAUAUGCGGACAUUACAUUUUAGGUUGUCUAGACCAAAAUACCAAAUUUUGCUCUAUAAGGGCCUGAUUUCAACUUACGAGGACAUUAUAUUGCCACGCUUCUAUCAAAAUUUAAA